CUCCACCACCUCGCCGGCGCUUGGAUGUGUAUUCUUACACGAGUAUACUUCGUACUAUUUACCAUCAUCGCGUCGUAUACAGGUUACACGCUAGGGGGACUCCCAUGUGGGGAGCCACAGCCGCAGCGGUGCGGCGGCUCUGCGCGGCCGGCAACGUCCGCUCGGCGCUCGCGAUGCUGGCCCGCGGGGUGAAGGCGGGCGACGCGGCGCUGGACGUGACCGCGUGCACCGCGCUCGUCCACGGCUGCUGCAGGGGCGGCGAUGUGGCGGAAGCACGGAGGGUGUUCGAUGUAAUGCCGCUCUUGGGCUUGGCGCCUAACGAGGUCACUUACACUGCUCUGAUGCAUGGCUACUUCAUCCAUGGCCACAAGGAAAAGGGUUUUUCCUUGUUUGAGGAUAUGAGGAGGGUUGGAGUUGAGCCGAACCUUUACACCUACAACUGCUUGAUCGGAGAGUGUUGCAGGACAGGGGAAUUCGAGCGCGCCCAUAACUUGUUCGACGAAAUGUCUGAGAAGGGCAUUGUGCGCAAUGCUGUUAGCUAUAACACCCUCAUCGCCGGCCUAUGCAAGCAUGGCAAGCUGUGGAAUGCCGCCAGGCUAUUGGAUAGGAUGAGGAAGGAGGGUACCCGUCCGAGCAUCAUUACGUUUAACCUUCUUGUUGAUGGUUACGGCAAAGCUGGGAAGAUGUCCAACGCUUUGCAUUUCUUCAACCAAAUGAAGGCGGCUGGUUUCCAACCAAGUGCAGUGACAUACAAUAUGCUUAUUGCUGGUUUCUGCCGUGCUAGGGAUAUGACCCGGGCAAACAGGGCUUUAUCUGACAUGAAGGAGCGAGGAUUGGAACCAACUAAAGUGACAUACACAAUACUAAUCGAUUCAUUUGCCAGAGAAAAUGACACAGAUAAGGUUUUUGAGAUGCUCACAGGGAUGGAGAAGGCAGGUCUAGAGGUGGAUGUGCGCACUUAUGGUGUUCUGAUCCGUGCACUCUGCAUGGAAGGGAAUAUGAAGGAUGCCAAGAAGUUGUUUCAGUCAAUGGGCGAGAAAGGUGUUGAGCCGAGCAAUGUGAUCUAUGACAUGAUGAUUUAUGGCUAUGGGAGAGAAGGUAGCUCAUACAAGGCUCUUAAGUUCAUCAUGGAGAUGAGGCAAAAGGGUUUGGUUCCAAAUUCUGCAAGUUACAGCUUGACGAUCCGAAUUCUUUGCAGGGAUGAUAAAUGUCAGGAAGCUGAGGCACUAAUUGAUGAUAUGGUUCAUGCUGGUCUGCAAACAAGUGAAUCGAUCCGCCAGGCAUUAUUGGAUGCCAAGGCAAGAUGGAGAGGUUCUACUGACUCCUCUUUUGCUUAGGUAGCAAGACAUUUAUUUUCAUGUAUUAUUGAAAUAUAUCUAUCUUGAUUUUUGAGAAUUAGAAAAAUGAUACACAAGGAAACACAUUUUCAAAUGGAUGUAUACUGAAAUCUGUGUUAAAUUGCAACAUAAGAAACUGCACAAUUAUUUUCCGGAUAUCACCGAAACUCCAUUGCAAUUUGCAAGCGAAAAUGAUAGGCAGCAAAAAGACAAAGAUAACUGCACGGUGCAUUUUCUAAAUAAUAAAGGUCAGUGCUUAUUGGCAUCUUGUGCUUUUAUGCUACCAAAGAGUUUAGAAAUGUUCACCUCAAAAAAAAGAUUUUAGAAAUGUUCAACUAUUAUUACCAAAAUUGUUUGUGAAGAUUACAGCAACAGGUCAGGGAUAAACAAAGGAGCAACGAAAGGAUGUCUGGUUGAGCAAGUUUGUCUUGCACGGUUGAAGGCUCUGCUCAGUAAAACUCUGUUUGGGUAAAACUCUUUUCACAUAUUCAGGUGCCAAUCUAUACAAGGAAACUAGAGAUAUAAUAGCUUGAACUAUCUAUGUGCCUGUCGGCUGUCCCUGCUGUAUACUCGGGCAUAGUACCGGUCCAUAUCAGCCAAGUAGUAUUGUUGUUUCUCGUUUAUCGGGUUCAACCAUGAAAAUGUUGAAUGGGUUCCCGCAGUAUGAUAGACCGGCAGCCAUCAUUUUCCCUAGACAAUAGAAAAUCUAGCUUUAUAUUCAUGUUAUUAUUUGCUUCAUAAACGUUUGACUUUUAAGUUAUAACCAACGUUUAUCUAAUGUAAAG